AUGGUAGAUUAUGGUAGCUAUUUUACGACAACAGUUCCUGUAACAACAACUGGUUAUGAUCGAAAUACUUUUGAUGCAUUUAGUUUAAAUCCAAAUUUAAAUUUUACAACGGCAACAAAUACCAAUGGAUCAUUAAUGGCUACAGCAUACGGUAAUGCAAUUCAACAGCAGCAGCAGCAACAACAACAACAACAACAACAACAACAACAGCAACAACAACAACAGCAACAACAACAACAACAACUUUAUGAACAGUAUGCUAGUUCAUAUGGACAAUUAACCGGAGGAAAUACGAGACAUUUGACUGUUGGUCAUCAUCCGUCAAUGUUACAAACUUCGGCACAAACCACGACAAGUUCUACGACAAAGACAAUUACGAAUGCAACUGCUACACAACCCUACCGUACAACCAGUUCUUUACAAGCUUUCCUACAAACAGGACUUCAGUAUAAAUUGUAUCAAAAUCAAACAUCUCUCCUCUCAACAACAGCUGAUGCAAUGCGUGCUAAUACAGCAGGCUUAAUGGCUGGUAUACAAGGAUCAUCACUUGUUGGUAAUAAAAUAUCAUUAUUGAUAAUUCUAUAA